GCGCCAAAGCCUCCGGAGCCCGCGAGGGAGAAGAAAGAAAGUGAGAGAGAGGGAGGGAAAGAAAGAAAAAGAAAAAAGGCAAGAGAGAGACUCCUUCCGAGUCCGGGCCGCCUUCCCCCUCUUACCCGCUCCUCCCUCGCUCUCUCUCGGCCAUGUCGGGUUUCGAUGACCCCGGGGUGUUUUUCAGCGACAGUUUCGGGCCCGAGCCCCCGGGAGACUCCGGGCAGCUCCGCCACUCUCACAUCCAGAAGCGGCUGCGGGAUUUCCUCAAGCAAUACCGGGUGGGGAGCGACCGCACCGGCUUCACCUUCAAAUACAGGGAUGAGCUCAAACGUCAUUACAAUUUGGGUGAAUACUGGAUUGAGGUGUCGCUGGAGGAUCUGAGCAGCUUCGAUGAGGAUUUGGCUGACUACCUCCUCAAGCAGCCCUCUGAGCACCUGCCUCUGCUGGAGGAGGCAGCGCGAGAGGUUGCGGACGAAGUGACUCGCCCCCGGCCGGCCGGUGAGGAGACCCUCCAGGAGAUCCAGGUCAUGCUGCGCUCAGAUGCCAACUGUGCCAAUAUCCGCAGCUUGAAGUCAGACCAGAUGUCUCGGUUGGUGAAGAUUCCGGGCAUCGUGAUCUCUGCCAGCACCGUGCGUGCCAAAGCCACCAGAAUCGCCAUCGAGUGUCGUGGCUGCCGCAAUGUCAUGAGCAACAUUGCUGUCCGCCCUGGGCUGGAAGGAUACACCCUGCCGCGCAAGUGCAACACGGAGCAGGCAGGUCGUCCCAAGUGCCCCAUAGACCCGUAUUUCAUCAUCCCGGACAAGUGCAAGUGCGUGGAUUUCCAAACCCUGAAACUCCAGGAGUCUCCGGAUGCCGUGCCACAUGGAGAGCUGCCCCGGCACAUGCAGCUUUACUGUGACAGGUACCUGUGUGACAAGGUCGUCCCCGGCAACCGCGUCACCAUCAUGGGCAUCUACUCCAUCAAGAAGGCGGGCAUGGGCCGCAGCAAAGGCCGGGACCGAGUUGGGGUGGGAAUUCGUGGCUCCUACAUCCGAGUGGUUGGAAUCCAGGUGGACACCGAGGGGACAGGUCACGGCCUGUCGGGAGCCACGGCCCCACAGGAGGAGGAGGAGUUCCGCCAGUUGGCUGCCAUGCCCAACAUCUACGAGACUGUCGCCAAGAGCAUCGCUCCCUCCAUCUAUGGCAGCUCCGAUAUCAAGAAGGCUAUUGGAUGCUUGUUGUUUGGCGGCUCCAGGAAGCGUCUGCCGGAUGGACUGACACGGAGAGGCGACAUUAACCUGCUGAUGCUCGGCGACCCAGGGACAGCCAAGUCUCAGCUGCUGAAAUUUGUGGAGAGAUGUUCGCCCAUCGGGGUGUACACCUCCGGGAAGGGGAGCAGUGCAGCUGGGCUCACCGCUUCUGUCAUGCGGGAUCCAUCCUCUCGGAAUUUCAUCAUGGAGGGGGGAGCCAUGGUUCUGGCUGACGGGGGUGUCGUCUGCAUCGACGAGUUUGACAAGAUGCGUGAGGAUGACAGGGUGGCGAUCCAUGAAGCCAUGGAGCAGCAGACGAUCUCCAUCGCCAAGGCCGGGAUCACGACCACCCUGAAUUCCCGCUGCUCGGUCCUGGCUGCAGCAAACUCUGUCUUCGGGCGUUGGGACGACACAAAGGGAGAGGAAAACAUUGACUUCAUGCCGACCAUCUUGUCGCGAUUCGACAUGAUCUUCAUUGUGAAGGAUGAGCACAACGAAGAGAGAGACAUGACUCUGGCCAAACACGUCAUGAACGUGCACCUCAGCGCGCUGACGCAGACACACGCGGUCGAGGGAGAGAUCGAGCUCAGCAAGCUGAAGAAAUACAUCUCGUACUGCCGCACGAAGUGUGGGCCCAGACUGUCAGCGGAGGCUGCAGAGAAGCUGAAGAACCGAUACAUCCUGAUGCGUAGCGGAGCUCGGGAACAUGAACGUGAGAGUGAUCGGACCAACAGCAUCCCCAUCACAGUCAGGCAGUUGGAGGCCGUUAUUCGGAUCUCGGAGUCACUGGCAAAGAUGAAGCUUCAGCCAUUCGCCACAGAGCGAGAUGUGGAGGAGGCCCUGCGACUUUUCCAGGUGUCCACACUGGACGCAGCGCUGUCAGGAAAUCUGUCUGGUGUGGAAGGCUUCACCACAGCAGAGGAUCAGGAGAUGUUGUCUCGUGUCGAGAAACAGAUGAAGCGUCGCUUCGCCAUCGGCUCCCAGGUUUCCGAACACAGCAUCAUCCAGGACUUCCUCAAGCAGAAAUAUCCGGAACACACCAUCUACAAGGUCCUGCAGCUGAUGAUGCGUCGGGGAGAGAUCCAGCAUCGAAUGCAACGCAAAGUCCUUUACCGCAUCAAGUAGCAGCGGCCAUGGGGGUGAGCGCCGAGGCCUGUGGAGCGUUCCUGCACUGCCCAUGUGAUCCAGUCCCUUCUAUCUGUCGCCUGUGAGCUGCCCCCGUCCCCAACCAGGUGAGAUUACCACAGUAACGUGACAAGGAGUUAUUGGUAACCAGGAGGCUGCAGGUGGAGACUGAGGCUGGACAAGCGGCAUCUGUACAGUGAUGUUUUUAUCCUUUUUUUCAGUGGAUCUUGACGAACGAAGGAAUUUAUGGUGUCUGCUCUUUUUAUUCCUCAAUAAAGUUAAUGAUUUGUG